UUCUGGCUCCAUCUAUAGCUUACCUAUUUUGGAACCUUAGCUUUUUGCAUUCCUAGCUUUUCUUGUAUCUGCUAAUUAAUAUAGGGCAAUCUUCGUAGCUUCAUGUCUUCCCAACAACAAGGGAAAAUGAGGGGUCCAUGUUUACAAGAGGCGGGGAAGGGGAGAAGCAAGAUGUCGGAGAACAUAAAACAUGGUUACCAUUUGGUGGAAGGAAAGAUGGGUCAUGCCAUGGAAGAUUAUGUUUUCGCACAGUUUAAGGAAGUUGACGACGAAAACGAACUGGGCCUCUUCGCAAUCUUCGACGGCCAUUUAAGCCAAGAGGUCCCCAAUUACCUUCGAUCUCACCUCUUCGACAACAUCCUAAACGAGCCAAACUUCUGGUCUGAACCGGAGAGUGCGAUGAGAAGAGCAUAUCGCAUUACAGAUUCGACGAUUUUGGAGAAGGCGGCGGAGUUGGGGAGAGGAGGGUCGACGGCGGUGACGGCGAUACUAAUAAAUGGUCGGAAACUGGUGGUGGCGAACGUGGGGGACUCACGCGCCGUCAUAUGCAAGAAUGGGGUAGCGAAACAGCUGUCGGUGGAUCAUGAGCCUGAAAGAGAGAAGAAGGUUAUUGAGGAUAGAGGUGGCUUUGUCUCAAACUUUCCAGGGGAUGUUCCACGAGUGGAUGGGCAGUUGGCAGUAGCAAGGGCAUUUGGUGACAAGAGCUUGAAGGAGCACCUUAGUUCAGAACCGGAUGUGGUGACAGAGACCAUAGAUGAUCAAACUGAGUUUCUUAUUCUAGCAAGUGAUGGAAUAUGGAAGGUAAUGUCGAAUGAAGAUGCAGUGAAGUGCGUACGAGGUAUAAAAGAUCCUCGGACAGCCGCCAAGCACCUUAACGUUGAGGCCAUCUCCAGGAAGACUACCGACGAUGUUUCCACCGUUGUCGUAAGGUUCCGCUGAUAUCUAAAUAUAUUACGGAGGAGUACGUAGUUUCCUUCAUCUCUCUCUUCCUCAACCUCAAUCACUUGUACUGUUUAAUUUAGGGGGAACACAAUAUGAUGCAGCCGUUUUUUUUUUUUUUUUUGUUGUUGCUUGAGAUAGAUGUUAUAAUAUUUAAGUGGUCCUU